CCUCUGAUCAACCACCUGGACAUUCAGCGACCGCAGGGUCUUUUUUGCGUUUCCCUUUUAUCAUACCCCACCGUUAGGUUUUGUUCUUUUUUCCUUCAUUCAUUGUACCUGUUCUUUAUCAUUACUGAGCAAAGGCUGGCCGAGGCUCGACAUCAACAACAAUGCCUGGGACCGUGGCUGAGGGACCGUCUGUCUCGAUGUCCUUCGCGAAUAACUUCUGGGGCAAAGAUGAUGCUGGCCUCCAACCUAUGCUUGACCGCAUGCACGCAUCGAAGGUUACAAGUGAUGAAUUGAAGGCUUUCUACAGCGUACGCGCUGCGAUCGAAGAUGAAUAUGCCCGAAAGCUACAGGCACUUUGCCGGAAGUCCCUCGGAUCAGCCGAAUCAGGAUCCCUUCGCUCUUCGCUGGACGUGGUCCGCGGGGAAACCGAAUCCAUUGCGAAGGCGCACGCAGCAAUCGCGAGUCAGAUGAAAACAGAGCUCGAAGAGCCACUAACCGCAUUCUCUAAGGGUAUCAAGGAGAGGCGGAAGAUUAUCCAGGAUGGCAUUGAGCGUCUUCAUAAGAAUAAGAUGCAACAAACGCAACUGGUUAAUAAGACCCGCGAUCGCUUCGAACAAGACUGCCUCCGGAUAAAGGGUUACCUCGCGCAAGGACAUAUGGUGAUGGGUCAGGAAGAGCGCAAGAACAAGGCGAAGCUUGAGAAGACACAGAUCCAACUGGCCUCAAACAGCAAUGAAUAUGAAGCUGCCGUCAAGUCACUUGAGGAGACCACUGGGCGCUGGAACAAAGAGUGGAAGGCUGCUUGCGAUAAAUUCCAAGACUUGGAAGAGGAGCGCCUGGAUUUCACAAAGAGCAGCCUUUGGACUUACGCGAAUAUUGCCUCCACCGUCUGCGUGAGCGACGAUGCCUCCUGCGAAAAAAUUCGUCUCUCGCUUGAGAACUGCGAAGUGGAGAAGGAUAUCGUCUUCUUCAUCAAAGAACGAGGAACUGGCCAAGAGAUCCCGGAUGCCCCUCGGUUCAUUAACUUCUGCAAGGAAGACGAGGAUGUGUCUGAUAUCGAGGACGGGGAAGGCUAUUCAGUCGCCCAAUUCCAGCGAGCUAUGAACCCAGCGUUCCGGACGUCAUCCCCUCAGCCAUCUACUUUCGAGUCCCAUCAUGACCCAGAUUCUGAACUUGCUGCGCAAAUGGGCCAUCCGACGCAAAUGGGACAACCAGUGCAAAUGAGCCAGCCGAUCCAAGCUCCAGCACCGGCACCAGCGCCAGCGCCAGUUCCCAUUGCCCAGCCGCCAGCUCCAUUGGACCUUCGCCGGGGCGGCCAGUUGCCUCCCAACUACGACCCUGAGCAGCAUGGCGAGAUCAACAGGGUGCCUCACAAUGCUUACCCGACCGAUGGCAUGACCAUGUUCUGCCGCACUGGGCCACCUUCCGAACGCAGCUCAGCCAGCGCGUACAGGCCAUCAAGUCGGGAUUCUCAAAGCGAAGUGUCAAACCUGUCAAACCCUACCUCCAUGUCAAGCGUAGAGGCUCCUAUCACCGUCCACAAGUCCCCACCAAAGGCAACCAACAGUGCGCCGCUCCCAAGUCAAAACGACGACAAGUCUGUCCAAAAGAAGAAGAGUGCCUUCUUCAGUAACAGUCCUUUCCGUCGCAAGAGCCGCCAUGAUAAGGAGCGACCAGCCAUUGGAGGUCAAUCUUCGUCUCGCAGCCCUUGGAGCUCUCCCACUAAGUCGGCCAGCCCUACCAAGCCUGCUCCGCAAGCUCAGCCUGAACGCCAUAGUCCCGAGCCUGUUGAUCCUCGGGCCAACUUCCAGCUCAACGUCGGCAACAACGUCUUUGACGUUGCUUCGCCUGACAAAAAUGCCAAGGCUGGGCAACAGGCCAAGGCAGGGGAAGACGACACGGACCCUAUUGCCCGUGCUCUGGCGGACUUGAAGACCGGUGGUGGAAAGCAGUCCACCCUACGUGUCUCGGCGGACAGAUAUCAUGGUAUCCAAACACCUAACCCAUCGGCUCCUUCGUCUGCCUAUGGCGGUAGCUCCUCCGGUGCUCCUCCUGCGUACAACGACCCGUCUGUCAAGCGACUGGACGCUCCAGAGCCCGCUUUUACAUCCAAGCAGAUGCAAAAGACCACCCAGCGAUACACUGGACAGACCCAAAGCAUGCUGCGCAAUGGAGCCAACAGCCCGAGCAUGGCGCCCGCUGCCAGAACUCCGAGCGUGGCCGCCCCUGCUGUCAGAAACGAGGUCCCUCGCGCCCGCUCUCCCGACCCUCGUCGCAGUGCAAGCCCUCUAGUCUCUUCUCCUCGGGUUGAUACUCGCAUGGGUGGUCAAUACAGUGGAUCUGCAAGUCCCGCCCCCCAGAGUCCAGCGGCAUACCAGUCGAGCAGUGUACGCAGCCGUUACAGCCAAUCUCCCACGCCGCAUCGCGCACAGGACCCUCCAUACUCGCCCAACGAUUAUGCGCGACGGGCCUCCCCAGCUGCAUCGACUCGUGCGGUCUCUCCUCAGCCCCAGUUCAGACAGCAGGUCCGUCCUUCCAGCGCUGGUGGCAUGGAACUUCAGCUUUCCAAUGGCCACCCUGACAUGUACGGUGGGGGCGCCCGUGAAGGUUAUGGCUCUCGCCGUGGUGAUGGCCGACCUAUGUCCCAGUAUGGUGACAAUGUCAACACUCCUCCUCCAGUGGGCCGCUCUCGAAGCCGUACUCUUGCUGUGGCUGAGCCAGGAAGAAAAUUCAGUCGUGAUGGACGUCCCAUCCUGCAUUUCGCUCGCGCUAUGUACAGUUACACUGCUGCCAUCACUGAAGAGCUCGGAUUCACUAAGGGUGAUGUUCUGGCUGUCAUCCGCCUCCAAGACGAUGGAUGGUGGGAAGCCGAAGUCACCAACAGCCGAGGCCACCCAGGCCUCGUGCCGAGCAACUAUUUGCAAAUCAUCUAGAUGCUCCACCCGCCUAUUUUAACGAACCGCCACGACCCUCACAACCGCUCGUCCUGACGGAACACCUUUCUUUUUGUCAUGCUCACGCUCUCACGUAGAUACCAUGCCUGCCUUUCUCCGAAUCCUUCUUGCACAUUUACGAUCCUUGUUUCAACCCACUUCGAUUCUCAUCUAUUUGGCGCCGUAUACCACGCGCAUUGACUUUUUACUUCUUUUUUCUCUCACUGGGCAAGCUGUUCAAUAUUUUCGGUGUUCUACCCACGGAUGAUAUUUUUGGGAGCUUAGCGUGCUUGUGGCUUCUCAUUUGGUGAUUUGAUUUUGUGUUCUUUUUUUUGCUUAUAUGUGUUUUUUGUUGGAAGGUCUGUUCGAUGGAAAUUGUACGAAGAACGAACGAUCUAGGGCCAUGUACAUUUGCUAGGAUCUUCAUGGUCAAUGGAAUGACAUUCCUUCAUUUACAACUUGCCAUGGC